AAAAUCUCUCUUAGAAACUUUCACAUAUUUUCAGAUGAACUUCCAUACAAUAGCCUCUCUCUAUCUCUAUCUCUAUAUAUAAGCUCAUUAGUUGUCGAUUAAGCCCCAUCUCUCAUAUCAAAAAAUUCUACAUAUUCUUGCUCAUUAGGAAUUCUAAGCUGUGACGAACAACCAGGUGUUUGAAUCAAACUUUCAAAACCACAUGUCGUCUGUUCUCGAAAGACAUCACCACAGCCACCCACACCAGCUUAAGCUCAAACGUCCAUCGGCACCUUAUUUCUGUAGUGGAUGUGAACAGAUAGGUUUUGACAUAUGUUACCAGUGUGAAACUUGCAAUAACUUUUCCAUCCAUGAUGAAUGUGCAUUUCCCACCGCUCCAACUUACCACCAUUUCUUCAAGGACUGCAGGUUUGAGUUUCAUGAGGAAUCUCCAAUAACACCCAAUAAAGGCAGAGAUUGUGAUGUAUGCGGGAUGGAUAUAAAAGGGUAUGUGUAUCAAUGCUCCUGUAACAAAUACGACAUGCACCCUCAUUGUACUAAGCUCCCAGAAACCUUAACCGGUGAAGGUGUGAAGCUGCAACUGAAGAAAAAUGCCUCACUCAAUUGCCAAAAAUGCAAAUUCAAGGUUAGUUCAAGCAAAGGGCCCAAAGGUUGGUGUUAUGUUUCUACUUGUGGGAACUACUGUCUUCAUGUAGCAUGUGUGAAGCAGAUGGUUUAUGAGGCCUGGAAAAAUAGCUACUUCAAUCAACAAAUUGAUGCAACAGACAAAAACGAUUUGGCAGUGCUGCCCAGUACUGCUAGUCCAAGCACCAGCACAAACAUAGUAGAAAAGAGGGCAAAGAGCUCAAGUGGAUGGAAAAUUGCUAUCGCAGUUCUCAAGCUUAUCCUUUCGGCCAUUUUUGGAGAUCCAAUUACUGGGUUUACUGCUCUUAUAGCUACUUUUGCUCAAAUUAUUUAUCCAAAUUGAUAUUAUUUGAGCAUCUCACAUCAUGCGAGUUACGGUUGUUCCAACAUUUAGGGCAGAUAUUGCUUCCUAUGCAAAUAUUGAUAUCUAUCGGUUUAGGUUAAUUCCUGGUGUUUUUUCUAGUCUGUUGGAGUUUGUUCUGUUGGCUUUCAGCUUUGAUCGUUUUCUGCUGGUUUUUAUCUUUUUGGGUUUGAUCCUGUUUAGGUAUAUGAAUUCUUAUAUAUUCUGGUCCAUGUCUGCCAGUAAAGAUUUUCUCAUGUAAUUAUUUUAAUAAUUUCAAUUUCUUUGUUAUCCA